AUGGGGUCGUCAAGCCGCCAAAGUCACACUCAUAUCGACAUUACCCACGUCCGCUCUUCAUCUCCCUCGGCCAAUUCCCAAGACGACGAGCUUCACGAGCACGGUGUCCACGUUUCGCCCGCCGAGAUCUCCCCCCAGUACUCCGUCAUCCAGCCCAGUCAAAGUCAGAGUGGCUCCUCCUCACAUCCCGGCGAAUUUCAGAUCAUUUACCCCAAUGAACUGGGUGACCAGGAUGGUUCCGACCUAGUCUCCAACAGAGAUCCUCGAGAGCAUCAUCUGCAACAGCACCCUUCACGCUCCAACUCGAAUCACAGACAGGUUCCUCGCCCUCAACAGUCACUUCGUGAACAGCCUCGCAGUCGGCCCCGACUCCACCAAAAUACCUCUCCCACUGAGAGCGGUGAUUCCACCGAGGACUUCAUCUCGGGCCCAGACACUAGAUACCAUCCGCGAUCGCAAUCCCAAUACGCACCUGAUGGGCAUUAUCCUCACUCAAAUUCUUCGGGAUCAUUCAACUACCCAGCCGUCCCACACCCUCACCAGGUGGGCCAGGUGAUCGCUUUACAGCCUCAGCCUAUGGCCAUGCCCUACCACCCCCAAUACCCCCAAGGACCGCCCAUGCCAUACCCUCCACCCUCGGCCUAUGGGGGAGGCGGCUAUGGGCAUCCUGCUCCUGGCUCUCAAAUUAGCUCCCCAUACUCCUCACCGUAUCCUCCACCCACCAUGGUCAGCUACGGUGGUGGUCCACCAACAGGCUAUUUCCCUCCUCAAUAUCCUCCUCAAUAUCCGCAACACUAUCAACAGCCAUACAUGCAUUAUCCCCAACAAAUGCCACCGCCAAUCCCAUAUCCUGAAUAUGCUCGGAUACAGCCUCCGCCUCCGAUUUCUCCUCCUCCUGGCUCGGCGCAUGCUUCCGCCGAAAAGAUUGAAAAGCCCAAGGAGGCAAACCCUGAAGAGAUGUUCAAACGCUUUGCCGACUUGAUGAAGGAAGAGCGCGCCCAAGCCGAGCUCACCAAGGAGCAGGAAGCCAUGGAGAGAGCCAAGGCCGAAGCAGCGCGUGCAGAACAGGAGCAGCGGAUCCGUGACGCAGCUCUCCGCCAAGCUGAAGAAAGAUCUCGACAGGAGGCGUUGAGGGCGGAAGAGGAGAAACGCAUUCGCGAGCAGGCUAUCAUACAGGCGGCCGAGAAAGCUCGUGCUGAUGCCGCUGCGGCUGCUGCACGCGCAGAAGAAGAAAGACGCAUCCGACAGGAAGCCAUCAUAGCUGCAGAGGCAAAGGCUAGAGCCGACGCUGCGGCGUUUCAAGAGCGACUAGCCGCUGAACAGCGUAUCCGUGAUGAGGCCCGGCAGGAGGCCAUUCGUGCCUACGAAGAACAAGUUCGAAAGGCUGCUGAACAAGCCGCUCGAGAACAACAGAUUCGCAAAGAAGCAGCAGAAGCAGCACUCAAGGCUGCAGCUGAUGAAGCUGCUGCCAAAGCAGAGAGAGCUGCAGCGGAAAAGAAAAUCUUGGAAGACGCCAUAGCAGCUGCCAAGCAAGGAGCAGAGAAAGAGGCGGCCGAGGCGGCGGCAGCAGCCGAAGAGAAGGCCAAAAAAGAAGCCGAUGAGGCAGCAGCCAAGGUCAAGGAAGCCGAAGAGGCGGCAGCCAAAGCAACUGCUGCAGCCGAAGAAGCAGAAAAGAAGGCGGCGGCAGCGGCCCCUCCUGAGAAGAAAGCCCCUGUGAGAUUCAAGGAUGCUAUUGGCCGCAACUACAACUUCCCGUGGGAACGCUGCCAUCGAUGGAGAGACAUGGAAGGGCUCAUUAAUCAAGCUUUCGCCCAUAUUGAAGGGAUAGGAGAACAUGUCAUGCACGGUCGAUAUGAUCUUAUUGGACCUGACAAAGAGAUUAUCAUGCCCAAUUACUGGGAGUCAACCGUGGAGCCUGAUAUGCACAUCACCAUGAUGCUUUGGCCUAUCCCAGAGCCACCCAAAGAGGAAGAAAUCCAAGUCCCUCCGGACUUUGAUCCCGACGCCAUUCUGAAUCUAGAUGACAUUCUUAACCCGCCCACAGGGGGAAAGAAGAAAGGACAUGCCAAAAAGAAAAAAGGAGGCGGUGGUGGCCUUGCGGGAUGGAUGCUGGGAGGCGCCCCGAGGGCUUCGCGGUCUUUAAAAGGUGAAAAAAAGCCUGAAGUAGCCGCUGGAUCCCAGCACGGUGCCCCUGCCCAACAGGGCAGCUGCACCGUUAUGUGA